UGCCUGCCGCCCCUGGCCCACCACCCGCACCUCCCCCCGCCACCCCCGCCCCCGCCGCCGCCGCCGCCGCAGCAUCUCGCGGCGCCUGCUCACCAGCCGCAGCCCGCGGCCCAGCUGCACCGCACCACCAACUUUUUCAUCGACAACAUCCUGAGGCCGGACUUCGGCUGCAAAAAGGAGCAGCCGCCGCCGCAGCUCCUGGUGGCGGCGGCGGCCGGAGGAGGCGCAGGAGGAGGCCGGGUCGAGCGUGACAGAGGCCAGACCGGCGCAGGUAGAGACCCUGUCCACCCGCUGGGCACGCGGGCGCCGGGCGCCUCCUCGCUCCUGUGCUCCCCGGACGUGAACUGUGGCCCACCCGACGGCUCUCCGCCAGCCGCGGGCGGCGGUGCCGGUGCGUCUAAAGCCGGGAACCCCGCGGCCGCGGCGGCCGUGGCAGCGGCGGCGGCGGCGGCUGCCAAGCCUUCGGACAGCGGCGGCGGCAGCGGAGGCGGCGUGGGGAGCCCUAGUGCGCAGGGUGCCAAGUACCCGGAGCACGGCAACCCCGCCAUCCUGCUUAUGGGCUCAGCCAACGGCGGGCCCGUGGUCAAAACUGACUCGCAGCAGCCCCUCGUAUGGCCCGCCUGGGUGUACUGCACGCGCUACUCGGAUCGUCCGUCCUCUGGUCCGCGCACCAGGAAGCUGAAGAAGAAGAAGAACGAGAAGGAGGACAAGCGGCCGCGGACGGCGUUCACGGCCGAGCAGCUGCAGAGACUCAAGGCGGAGUUCCAGGCGAACCGCUACAUCACGGAGCAGCGGCGGCAGACCCUGGCCCAGGAGCUCAGCCUCAACGAGUCCCAGAUCAAGAUCUGGUUCCAAAACAAGCGCGCCAAGAUCAAGAAAGCCACGGGCAUCAAGAACGGCCUGGCGCUGCACCUCAUGGCGCAGGGACUGUACAACCACUCCACCACCACGGUCCAGGACAAAGACGAGAGCGAGUAGCCGCCCGCCGGCUGGGGCCGCGCGGUCCGUACGCCGCGCCCGCGCCCCCUCCUGGCAUCGCCACCGCCGCUGCCGCCUGGCCGGCCCCACGCCAGGGGAGAAAGAAUCCGCGCACAGGAGGGAGGGAGCAACAGGGAAGAGAGAGAGAUUCUCAGAAUGGAGAGUCACGUUUGAACGAAACAUUUUUAAAAAGGGAGAAAGACUUGGACAGGUGCUAUCGAAAAAUAAGAUCUAUUCUCUAUUCACAGUAUAAGGGGCGAAACUGCGAACUCCUUAAAGCUCUAUCUAGCCAAACCGCUUACGACCUUGUAUAUAUUUAAUUUCAGGUAAGGAAAAGAAAUAUGUGUAGCGAUCUCUAUUUGCUGGACUUUUUAUUAAUCUCCUUUAUUAUUAUUGUUAUAAUUAUUAUAAUUAUUAUAAUUAUUUUAUCCCCCACCUCCGCCUCGCUGCCCCCGGCCCAGUUUCGUUUUCGUUGCCUUUUUUUUUUGAAUGUUGUUGCUUCUCCGGUGCCUCCCGCCCCGCAUCGCUGGCCCUCGUUUCUCUGGGACUUUUCUUUGUAUGCGUGAGAGUGUGUUUCCUCGCGUGUCUGCCCUUCGCCUCUCCCCCACCUCCCAGGCCCCUUCUGUCGGUCUGUCUGUCCUGCUCCCCUUUCGUUUUCCGGAGACUUGUUGAGAAAUACGACCCCACAGACUGCGAGACUGAACCGCCGCUACAAGCCAAAGAUUUUAUUAUGUUCAGAAACCUGUAGUCUGAAAUAAAGUGUACA